AUGAAGGGGAUCCCUAUGGCUCUCCUGCUCCUCACCCUGGUCGCGGUUGCCUCCUUCCAGGACAUUGCCGCCGUGGCUGCAGGGAGCGCCCCGGUCCCGAACGAGGUGUGCGACGCCAAGUGCCGAAGCCCGUGCUCACUGAAAAAGGCCGGGCGGUGCAUGGGGCUGUGCAUGAUGCGCUGCACCGACUGCCAGGGCUGCGUGCCGUCGGGGCCCUACGCCAGCAAGGACGAGUGCCCCUGCUACAAGGACAAGAAGUCACCCAAUCGGCUGCCGUGGGACACAAUUUGGUCCCCGCAUGGCCGCGAACACCAUCGGCACAACCGUGACAGUACGGGGAACACGGGCACGCGGAUGGCAUCGGACCGACCACUCAGCCGUUGUCGUUCACGCGGGUGGAGCCCUGGUGGUGUUUUUUUUUAA